AUGAGUUCUCCAUCCCAUAACCAAAAUUCCACAAGUCAGAAUAGAGAUGAUACAAACCAAGAUGAAAGUUUGACUCAAGCUGAUUCUUUUGGUCAAACAAAUGCUGUUCCAUCUUCACCAUUAUUCAUGCCAGAAUCUUCAGAUGUUGAUGAAACUCAAAGACAACAACAACAACAACAACAAAGAAAUUCUCAAAGAGGUGCAUCCAAUGUAUCAUCACCAAUUUUCUUUCGUUCUUCACAACCAGGUUCACAAGCCAGUUCUCGUCCAGGUUCAGAACAUGGUGGUAUUGGUGAACCAAGUUCUCCAUUAAAUUUCCCAUCUUCAGCUCCAGGGUCAGAUUACCCAAGAUCAGAUAUCAGUAGAUCAAGUAGACGUGGUCCAGGUCGUUCAGAUUUGGGAUCUGAUAUUUAUGCUGAUAUUAGUUCAAGAAGACGUGCUGAACAAACUAGACAUAGAAGAGGUGAUAUUCAUUCUUCAGAUAUUUCAUCCCCAAUGAGAAGAAGAGUUUUCAAUAAUAACCAGAUACCUUCAUCACAACCUGGUAAUAUUUCAUCAAAUUUAGGUAAUGAAGAUAUUGAUGAACCUGUUAGAAUUAUUUGGGGUACAAAUGUUAGUAUUCAUGAAUGUUCAAAUGCUUUUAGAAAUUUCUUAAUGUCAUUCAAAAUGAAAUAUAGAAAACUUCAUGAUAGUGAACCAGUUGAUGAUAUUGCUGAUAACGAAUUAUAUUAUGUUAACGAAUUAAAUUCAAUGAGAAAUUCAUUAUCAACAAAUUUAAAUUUAGAUGCUAAAAAUUUACUUACAUUUGCACAAACUAAGAAAUUAUUUUAUCAAUUACAAAACUAUCCACAAGAAGUUAUCCCAAUUAUGGAUCAAACUGUUAAAGAUUGUAUGGUAUCUUUAAUUGUGGAAAAUGAUCUUGAUCAUGAUAUUAGUGAUAUUGAAGGAAGAAUUUACAAAAUUAGACCUUUUAAUAUUGAAUCUCAAAGAGGUAUGAGAGAAUUGAACCCAGAAGAUAUUGACAAAUUAGUUAGUGUAAAGGGUAUGGUCUUAAGAUCAACACCUGUUAUUCCAGAUAUGAAGAUGGCUUUUUUCAAGUGUAACAUUUGUGAUCAUACUACAGUGGUUGAAAUUGAUAGAGGUGUCAUUCAAGAACCAACAGUAUGUCCAAGACCGGCUUGUGCACAACCAAACUCAAUGAUUCUUGUACAUGUGAGGUCUUCUUUCGCUGAUAAACAAGUUGUUAAAUUACAAGAAACUCCAGAUCAUGUUCCAGAUGGUCAAACUCCUCAUUCUGUUUCAUUAUGUGUUUAUGAUGAAUUAGUUGAUAGUGUUAAAGCUGGUGAUCGUAUUGAAGCUACAGGUAUUUUCAGAUCAGUUCCGGUAAGAGUUAAUUCAAGACAAAGAGCUAUGAAAAGUUUAUUCAAAAUCUAUUUGGAUUUAGUUCAUAUUCGUAAAAUUGACAAAAAGAGAAUGAAUAUUGAUACUUCAACAAAUACAGAUAGUACCAAACAAGUGAACCAUGAUGUUGAUGAAGUUCGUAAGAUUACUGAAGAAGAAGUUCAAAAAAUCAAAGAAACAGGUGCUAGACCAGAUCUUUAUGAAUUAUUGGCUAGAUCAAUGGCACCAAGUAUUUAUGAAUUAGAUGAUGUUAAAAAGGGUAUAUUAUUGCAAUUAUUUGGUGGUACAAAUAAAACAUUCACUAAAGGUGGUAAAUAUAGAGGUGAUAUUAACAUUUUAUUAUGUGGUGAUCCUUCAACUUCAAAAUCUCAAUUAUUACAAUAUGUCCACAAGAUUGCACCAAGAGGUGUUUAUACAUCAGGUAAAGGUUCUUCUGCAGUUGGUUUAACUGCUUAUGUUACAAGAGAUAUUGAUACCAGACAAUUAGUCUUAGAAAGUGGUGCUUUAGUUCUUUCAGAUGGUGGUGUUUGUUGUAUUGAUGAAUUUGAUAAGAUGUCUGAUGUUACCAGAUCAGUCUUACAUGAAGCUAUGGAACAACAAACCAUUUCUAUUGCCAAAGCUGGUAUUAUUACAACAUUGAAUGCAAGAACUUCCAUUUUAGCUUCUGCAAAUCCUAUAAAUUCAAGAUAUGAUCCAAAUUUACCAGUUACAUCAAAUAUUGAUUUACCACCACCAUUAUUAUCAAGAUUUGAUCUUGUUUAUUUAUUAUUGGAUAAAGUUGAUGAAAGAACUGAUAGAUAUCUUGCUAAACAUUUGACAAGUAUGUAUUUAGAAGAUACACCAGAAAAUGUUUCCACUACAGAAAUUUUGCCAGUUGAAUUUCUUACAUUAUAUAUCAGUUAUGCUAAAGAAAAUUAUGCACCAGUUUUGCAACCUGAAGCUAAAGAUGAAUUAGUUAAAUCUUAUGUUGAUAUGAGAAAAUUGGGUGAUGAUUCAAGAUCAUCUGAACGUCGUAUCACUGCAACAACCAGACAAUUAGAAAGUAUGAUUAGAUUAUCAGAAGCACAUGCUAAGAUGAGAUUAUCAAAUGUUGUCGAAUUGAAAGAUGUUAAAGAAGCUGUUAGAUUAAUUAAAUCAGCUAUUAAAGAUUAUGCAACAGAUCCAAUAACGGGUAAAAUUGACAUGGAUUUAGUUCAAACAGGUCAAUCUUCUGCACAAAGAAGAAUGAAAGAAGAUCUUUCCAAAACAGUGUAUGACAUUUUAGAACAAUAUCCAGGUGACGUUAUAACGUUUAUUGAUUUACAAAAAGCUUUGAAUGAGCAAUCACAAGAAGUUGUUGAAAAUAAUGAAUUAGGAGAUGUCUUGAAUAGAUUGGUUCAACAAGAUAAAGUAAUUGUGAAUGGUGAAGGAUCUAGAAGAAUGAUUCGUUUGAGUAGAAGAUGA